ACUACAACCUUUCCCUUUGCUGCCCACUCUCUCUCCUCUCUCUCUCUCUCUAGAUUCUCGUUCGCACUUUCCCUCUUCCGCCGCCGCCGUCGCCGCCGCGGUCGUUUUCUUCUUCGCUUUCGCCGGAUCUGGAUCUGAUUAUCAUCGCGGGGCAGAGAGAGAAGCUUCAAAUCGAAUUUCGAUACCAGAGUCUCCGUGAUCGGUUAAGGUUUGCGAGUUUAGGGUUUUGUGUGGACCUAGGGUUUCAAUCGUGGAUUUGGAAGGCUUCGUGCGAAUUGAGGAGUUUUGAUGCUGCUCGGCACAUGUGGAAAGCCUCCACACGCGGCGACUCAAUUGUAAACACCGGUGGUUCUUCUUCUUCUUCGGCGGCGUCGGCGUCAACUAAAGCGUUCUACAAGGACGGUCGCAAAAUUAGUAUUGGUGAAUGUGCUCUCUUCAAAUCAUCUCAAGGUUGUCCACCUUUUAUUGGAAUUAUUCAUUGCCUGGCACUCGGCAAAGCAAAUAAAUUGAAACUAGGUGUUAAUUGGCUUUAUCGACCCAUUGAAGUAGAGCUUAGCAAGGGUGUUCCAUUGGAGGCGGCUCCAAACGAAAUUUUCUACUCCUUUCAUAGGGAUGAGAUAAAUGCUGAAUUGCUGCUUCAUCCUUGUAAAGUUGCAUUUCUUCCAAAAGGUGCUGAACUUCCAUCGGGGAUUUCAUCAUUUGUGUGUAGGAGGGUUUAUGACGUUGCGAACAAGUGUUUAUGGUGGUUAAAUGAUCAAGGUCAUAUUAAUGAUUGCCAAGAAGUACAUGAGCUAUUAAACAGGACUUGUGUAGAAAUGCAUGCAACAGUGCAGUCGGAUGGUCGAUCUCCUAAGCCAAUGAGUAGUCCAACAUCAACAUCACAGUUAAAAUCUGUUUCAGAUGGUGUCCAGAACAGUGCUUCCUUUUCUUCUCAUGUUAAGGGGAGGAAAAGGGAGAGGGUAGAUCAAGGCUCCGAGCCUGUCAAGCGAGAACGUUCAGGAAAAGUUGAGGAUGGAGAUUCUGGUAAUUUUAGGCCUGAUAAUAUUUUGAAGACCGAGAUAUCCAAAAUUACAGAAAAUGGAGGGCUUGUUGAUAGUGAAGGAGUUGAAAAGUUAGUGCAGCUGAUGGUUCCUGAUAAAAUUGAGAAGCAGAUAGAUUUAGCUUGCCGGUCACUGCUUGCAGCUGUUAUUGCAGCAACAGAUAAAGUUAAUUGUCUUAGUCAGUUUGUGCAGCUGAGGGGUUUGCCUGUAUUUGAUGAAUGGCUCCAAGAGGUCCAUAAAGGGAAGAUUGGUGAUGGUAUUGGGUCUAGAGAAGGUGAUAAAUCUGUUGAGGAGUUUCUCUUGGUAUUACUUCGAGCACUUUAUAAGCUUCCAGUGAAUCUUCAGGCUCUGAAGAUGUGCAACAUCGGUAAAUCUGUGAAUCAUUUGCGAACUCAUAAAAACACUGAAAUUCAGAAGAAAGCAAGAGGUUUAGUUGACACAUGGAAGAAACGCGUUGAAGCUGAAAUGAAAAGUAAUGAUGCGAAGUAUCGUCCCACUGUCUCCUGGCCUGCCAAACCACGUCUUCCUGAUGUUGGUCAAGGUGGGAAUAGAAAUUCAGGUGCAUCAUCUGAUGUUGCCAUGAAGAGUUCAGUUACACAGCAUUCUGUGUCGAAAACUGCCUCUGUGAAGAUUGCCUUGGGAGAGAAUACUACUAGAACUGCAUCAACAUCUGCAUUUCCAGAUCUUGCAAAAUCAGUACUCUCGCCUGCAUCUGCAACUACGAAUUUAAAAGAUGGACAGCCCCGUGUUGGUUCUAUGAGUGGUGGUUCUGAUCAUCCUAUGACAAAUGCAAGGGAUGAGAAAAGUAGUAGUUCUAGUCCAUCUCACAACAGUCAAUCUUGUUCUGGUGACCAUGCUAAAACUGCGGGUCUUUCAGGAAAGGAAGAUGCCAGAAGCUCUACUGCAAUGAGUGCAAAUAAGUUAUCAGGUGGCUCUUCACGGCAUCGGAAGUCUACUAAUGGACUCUCAGGUUCAGCUCCAUCUGGAGGGAAAAGGGAAACUGGAUCAUGUAGGAAUUCCUCCUUGCACAAAAGUUCUACAUCAGAGAAAAUAUCUCAAUCUCGAUUAAUGGUAAAAACACUUGAUGAAACCUCUAUUGAGGGGAAUACUCCCAAGCUCAUUGUUAAAAUUUCAAACCAUGGUAGAGGUCCUGCACAAAGGGCCAAUGUCGGUUCUUUUGAGGAUCCUGCAAUCAUGAAUAGUCGAGCCUCUUCUCCUGUCCUUUCUGAGAAGCAAGAUCAGUUUGAUCACAGCUCGAAGGAAAAGAAUGACUUUCAUCAAGCCAAUAUUGGCUCAGAUAUUCAUACUGAAUCUUGGCAGAGUAAUGACUUCAAAGAUGUAUUGACUGGCUCUGACGAGGGUGAUGGGUCGCCUACUGCAGUUACUGAUGUAGAGCGCUGUAGGACUGGUGAUGAUUGUAAGAAAACAUUAGAAGUAUCAAAAACUGCUUCAUCAUCGUCUGGAAAUGAAAACAAAGAUAGGAAUUUGCAGGAUGCUUCUUACAGCUCCAUAAAUGCUUUAAUUGAAGGUGUUAAGUACUCUGAAGCUGAUGAUAUUGGUAUGAAUCUUCUUGCUAGUGUGGCUGCUGGAGAGAUCUCGAAAUCUGAGUUGUUAACGGCAGCUGGAUCUCCAGAAAGAAACACUGCUACUGCUGAACUGUCAUGCACAGCCAAUGGUGUAGUCAAGUCCUCUGAAGAAAAUCUUGUCCAGGAUGAAUGCCAAUCCAAUACUGGUCUCGGUACUGAGCAACGGAAUCAGGGUUCUAUAUCAGGUGAUUCAAGGAUGUAUGAUGGUAAUGCUGAUUUUCGUGCAUCUGAAGGGAAAGCUUCAAGAGGGCUGCUUAAUGCAUGUAGUAUGGAUUGUCAACAGGUUACUGAAUCUAAUUUAGAAAUCAAAGGAAAAUUAUAUGAAAAUCCUAUUUCUACUAAAUUGGGUGGUCUUCCUGAAAGCACUGUGCAAGAAGCUAGAGAUGGUGACAGUAGCGAGAAGAUGCAGGAGGAUUCUGUCCAGGGAGAAAUUACUAGUGAAGUUCUUGGUAUUAAGGUCAGUGGUGGUGUUGGAGUUAAGGUGGAAACAAUUGAAAAAUUGUCAUGUCCCUCUGUGGAUGUAAAUAGCAAUAAAUGUACUGCUGAGGGAUCAAGUGGUGGCAAACAGACAGCUCAGAAGCCUCCUGCUAUUCUUGAGCAAUCUGAUUCAGCAAGAGGAACAAAAGAGAAUGCAAUUCAUUCUUGUGGUGUUGAUAAGGUUCCUGAUGACCACAAUGUACAGGAAUAUGAAAAAACUGAUGAUAUGGCUUCUGAGAACCAUGCUAGUCAGUCCAAAAAGCAAAGAGUUGGGGGUGAAAGUGAUACUUUGAUGAAGUCUGAGAAUAGAGGUUUAUGUACUAGUCCGCCUGGUUUUGAUGCUGAACAUGUGGAGCAGAAUUCAGAAAUAAAACAGGUUCAUGACCAAGAUGUGGGACAGAUGCUUCACAAAGCUUCACCUAGCUUUUGCUCGCAAGAAAUGGAUAAGCAUCUGGAUUCUAAAGGAUCAAAACUGACUGCCAUGGAGGCAGAAGAGGCUGAGGAGUGCACCUCUACCACUGCAGAUGCUUCUUCCAUGUCUGUUGCUGCUUUGUCAGAUGCAGAUGCAAAGGUUGAGUUUGAUUUAAACGAAGGAUUAAAUGCUGAUGAUGGAAACUGUGGUGAGUUCAACAGCAUCACCUCUUCUGGUUGUGCACCUUCUGUUCGAUUGAUCAGUCCUGUGCCUUUUCCUGCUUCAUCUGUGUCUUGUGGUAUUCCUGCCUCAGUCACUGUGACUGCUGCUGCAAAGGGACCUUUCCUGCCACCUGAAGAUUUAUUGAGAAGUAAAGGGGAACUUGGUUGGAAGGGAUCAGCUGCCACUAGUGCGUUCCGACCAGCCGAGCCCAGGAAAGUAACGGAAAUGCCUCUUGGUGCACUAACCACUGCAAUAUCUGAUGUGGCAGAUGGAAGGCAGAGACGACCACCGUUGGACAUUGAUUUGAAUGUGCCUGAUGAAAGAACACCUGAUGAUGUUUCUUCUCAAAACUGUGCUCAUCAUACAGAUGCUGUUUCUCUUGCAGCCAAUGGCCCUGAUCCAGUGUGCAAUAAAAUGGUAUCAACUGUUCGCUACACUGGAGGGAUGGAUCUUGACUUGAACCAAGUGGAUGAAGCUUCUGAUGUGGGCUAUUGCUCCACGAGCAGUGGUCAUAAAAUAGAUAUGCGUGCAUCACUUAUGCCGGUGAAACCAUCAUUGGUGGGUCCUCCAAACCGAGAAAUGAGUGUCCACAGGGACUUUGAUUUGAACAAUGGACCUUCACUUGAUGAAGUCACCGCUGAACCAUCAUUGUUAUCUCAGCUUGCCCGGAGCAGUUUUCCAUCUCAACCACCUGUUUCUGAACUUAGUGUGAGUACUGCAGAGCCAGGGAACUUUUCCUCAUGGCUUCCUUCCAAUGGCAACACCUACUCUGCUGUCACAAUAUCUUCAAUUAUGCCUGAUAGAGGGGAUCAGCCCUUCGCAAUUGUUGCCCCCAAUGGAUCACACAGAUUUUUGAAUCCUGCCAGUGGUAGCAAUCAAUUUGGACCUGAUGUUUAUAGGGGUCCAGUGUUUUCAUCUCCUGCAGUAUCAUAUCCAUCUGCUCCUUUUGAAUAUCCUGUCUUUCCUUUUAAUUCCAGUUUUCCUCUUCCAUCAGCAUCAAUUUCUGCUGGAUCAACUGCUUAUGUAUAUCCAACAUCAAGCAAUCGGCUUUGCUUCCCUGCAGUAAGUUCACAGUUAAUGGGGCAUGCAAGCACAGUUUCAUCCCAUUUCCCUAGGCCUUAUGUUGUUGGCUUUCCAGAUGGUAGCAAUAGUAGUAGUGCUGAGACCAGUAGGAAAUGGCCAAGGCAGGGUUUAGAUCUUAAUGCUGGACCUGGAGGUUCAGACUUGGAAGGGAGAGAUGAGAUUUUGCCUCUUCCAUCAAGGCAACUUCCUGUUGCCAGUUCACAUGCCCUAGCUGAGGAGCAUGCAGGGAUCCAGCUGGCUGGUAGUGUUUGUAAGAGGAAGGAGUCUGAUGGCGGGUGGGAUGGCUACAAGCGAUCCUCAUGUCAAUAGCAAUCGAUAAUCAUACAAUCAGAUGGCCACAAAUGCUUGUAAGUGAUUAGUUUUGUAUAUUAAAAUGUGUAACAUUGUGGUCAUUUGAGGGAGAGGACAUUUGAAAAUAUGAACUGUAUUGUGCUGAUUUUUUUUUCAGUAGAGGGGGAUGCUUUGUUCAUUAAGAAAUAUAUUUAAACGAUAAAAGAAUAAGUGCUGUUGUGAUUU